AUGUCAUUGGAGCAAAGCAUGUUCAUAUUCGGUUGCUAUAAGUUUACGAAAAUAAGAACUUAAUUGAAAUUAAUUUUAUUUGAUUUAAAUAUAACAAUUUUAUAUAUAUUAUAUAACAUUGUGAAAAAAUACUAAAUAAAAGGAAGAGAAUCACUCUUAGUCCUGAUUGAACAGACAGAAAUUAAUAUAAAGGAAACCAAUUUAUAAGAUUGCAGAAUAAGACAAUGCAUUUAUAAUGCUGCGAUUAGGCAACUAAAGGAAUCCUUAAUUAGAUAUGGUUACAGAUGUUCCUAGCAUAAUCAAAAAUAUGAUUAGAAUUAAUUAAGAGAAAAAGAAUUAGAAAGAAUGAAUAUGUUUUAUUUAUUAUAUGAUGAUGAUUGUUUCAUUAAUUUAAGUGAUAAAGAAAUUGAUUAAUUUUUUGUAACUAGGGAUUAAGAUAUCAAAAGAGCUUAUAAUUUGAAAAUAUUGAGCAUGUUUUAUAUUGUAGACUUAAUGCAUUCUUACUCUUAUGAAUUGCAAGUGGCUUAUGUUCUAAAAUAUACUUGA